AUGCCGCCCCGCAAGAAAGCCAAGCCGUCCACGGCCCAGGCGCCGGAGGAGCCCGCUGAGCCCGAGACGGAGCCAGAGCAGCCGCCACCACAGUCGCAGCCGGAGGUGGGUCCCGAUGGCGCCCCGGGCCCGGCCCAGCCAGAGCCCUCGGAGCCCCAGGACGUGCGCAGCCUCGAGGAGAUCCUGGAUGCAGUGCCCCCGCCACCGCCCCCGGCCAUGACCAACGAGGCGGGCGCCCCCAGGCUCAUGAUCACGCACAUUGUGAACCUCAACUUCAAGUCAUACGCUGGCCGCAAGCUGCUGGGGCCCUUCCAUAAGCGCUUCUCCUGUAUCAUCGGCCCAAAUGGCAGCGGCAAAUCUAAUGUCAUCGACUCGAUGCUCUUUGUAUUUGGCUACCGAGCCCAGAAGAUCCGCUCCAAGAAGCUGUCCGUGCUGAUCCACAACUCAGACGAGCACCAGGAUCUGGACAGCUGCACAGUGGAGGUGCACUUCCAGAAGAUCAUUGACAAGGAGGACGACGACUACGAAGUGAUUCCCAACAGCACUUUCAGCGUGUCGCGGACGGCCUACCGGGACAACACGUCCGUGUACCACAUCAGUGGCAAGAAGAAAACAUUCAAGGACGUGGGCAACCUGCUGCGCAGCCACGGGAUCGACCUGGACCACAACCGCUUCCUAAUCCUGCAGGGCGAAGUUGAACAGAUUGCUAUGAUGAAACCAAAAGGCCAGACUGAACAUGAUGAGGGGAUGCUUGAAUAUUUAGAAGAUAUAAUAGGAUGUGGACGGCUAAAAGAGCCUAUUCAAGUCUUAUGUCGAAGAGUUGAAAUAUUAAAUGAGCAAAGAGGAGAGAAGUUAAACAGAGUUAAAAUGGUAGAGAAAGAAAAGGACGCCUUAGAAGGAGAGAAAAAUAUAGCCAUUGAAUUCCUUACCCUGGAAAAUGAAGUGUUCAAGAAAAAGAAUCAUGUUUGUCAGUACUACAUUUAUGAUUUGCAGAAAAGAAUUGCUGAAAUGGAAACUCAAAAGGAAAAAAUUCAUGAAGAUACAAAAGAUAUUAACAAGAAGAGCAGUGAACUGGCAGAUCAAAUGAAAGCCAAGACUAAAGCUUUAAAAGACAUAGAAAAGAAACUCAAUAAAGUUACAAAAUUUAUUGAGGAAAACAAAGAGAAAUUUACACAGCUGGAUUUGGAGGAUGUUCAAGUUAGAGAAAAAAUGAAACAUGCUAAAAACAAAGCCAAGAAACUUGAGAAGCAGCUCCAAAAAGACAAAGAAAAGGUUGAAGAAUUUAAAGGUGUACCUGCCAGCAGUGAAAAGGUAAUCACUGAAACAACAGCUCGAAAAAGUACUCUAGAAAAGGAAAAAGAAAAAGAGGAGGAAAAAUUGAAGCAAGUUAUGGAUAGCCUUAAACAGGAGACAAAGGAACUUCAGGAAGAAAAAGAGAGCCAAGAAAAAGAACUCAUGGAAUUUAGUAAAACCGUAAAUGAAGCCCGAUCCAAGAUGGAUGUUGCUCAGUCUGAACUUGAUAUCUACCUCAGUCACCAUAAUACUGCUGUAUCUCAAUUAAGUGAGGCCAAAAAGGCUUUAACUACAGCUUCUGAGACUUUGAAAGAAAGGAAAACUGCCAUUAGAAAUCUUGAAAUUAAAUUGCCUCCUACUGAACAGGACCUAAAGCAGAAAGAAAGUGAACUUCAGAACCUCACGAAAGAAGCAAUAGAUCUUGACAGUUCAGUUCGAGAUCUUCUUCAAAAAGUUGAAGAAGCAAAAAGUUCUCUUGCAACAAAUCACAGUCGAGGAAAAGUUCUGAAUGCACUGAUUCAGCAGAAAAAAUCUGGCAAAAUUCCAGGAAUAUAUGGAAGAUUGGGAGAUUUGGGAGCCAUUGAUGAAAAAUAUGACAUUGCCAUUUCAUCGUGUUGUGGUGCGCUGGACUACAUUGUUGUUGACACUAUUGAUACAGCCCAAAUCUGUGUGAACUUCCUGAAGAAACAAAAUAUAGGAGUGGCCACAUUUAUUGGAUUAGAUAAGAUUAAAGUUUUAGAAAAACAUAUGAACCCACUCCAAACCCCAGAAAACACCCCUCGGUUAUUUGAUUUAGUUAAAGUAAAAGACGAGAAGAUUCGCCGAGCCUUUUACUUUGCUUUACACGAUACUUUAGUAGCUAACAACUUGGACCAAGCAACAAGAGUGGCUUUUCAGAAAGAUAAAAGGUGGAGAGUUGUGACAUUACAAGGACAAAUCAUUGAACAGUCAGGGACAAUGACUGGUGGUGGAAGCAAACCAAUGAAAGGUAGAAUGGGUUCUUCAUUUGUUGUGGAAGUUUCUGAAGAAGAGGUAGCCAAGAUGGAAUCCAAAUUGCAAAAGGACUCCCAGAGAGCUGUCCAGGUCCAAGAACGCAAAGCACAGCUUGAAGAGACCGUGAUCAAACUGCGUCACAGUGUACAAGACAUGAGGAAUACAUUGGAAAAGUUUACCGCGAGUAUCCAGAGUUUAUCAGAACAAGAAGCAUACUUGGAUAUACAAGUUAAAGAACUUGAAGCCAAUGUCCGUGAUACUGCCCCUGACAAAAAGAAGCAGAAAUUGCUAGAAACAAAUAUAAAUAUUUUCAAGAAAGAAUAUGAAUGUGUUGCUGCAAAGGCUGGCAAGGUCGAAGCUGAAGUCAAAAGACUACACAAUUUAAUUGUGGAGAUCAAUAAUCAUAAACUGAAAGCCCAGCAAGACAAGCUUGACAAGAUAAACCAACAGCUGGACCAAUGUGCAUCUGCCAUCACAAAAGCUCAAGUAGCAGUAAAGACAGCAGACAGAAAUCUUAAAAAAGCACAAGAUUCUGUCCUUCGCACAGAGAAAGAAAUAAAGGAUAAUGAGAAGGAAGUAGAAGACCUCACCCAUGAACUCAAAAACCUCGAGGAGAAGGCAACUGAAGUCAUGAAGAAUUCCAAAGAAGCUGGGGAGUCCUUGCCUGAGAUCCAGAAGGAGCAUCAUAACCUGCUACAAGAAAUGAAAGGAAUUAAAGAAAAUGAACAUGCCCUACAAAAUGAUGCACUUAGUAUUAAGUUAAAACUCGAACAGCUAGAUAGUCACAUUUCUGAACAUCAUUCUAAAGUCAAAUACUGGGAGAAAGAGAUUUCAAGAAUAUCAUUGCAUCCAAUAGAAGAUAAUCCAGUUGAAGAGAUUUCUGUUCUAAGCCAAGAGGAUCUUGAAGCAAUAAAAAGCCCUGAUUCCCUGACUAAUCAGAUUGCUCUUCUGGAAGCCCAGUGCCAUGAAAUGAAACCAAAUCUUGGUUCCAUCGCAGAGUAUAAAAAGAAGGAAGAAUUGUAUUUACAUCGAGUGGCAGAAUUGGACAAAAUUACCACCGAGAGAGAGCGCUUUAGAAAUGCUUAUGAAGAUCUUCGGAAACAAAGACUUAAUGAAUUUAUGGCCGGUUUCAAUAUAAUCACAAAUAAACUGAAGGAAAACUACCAGAUGCUUACUUUGGGAGGAGACGCAGAACUGGAACUGGUCGACAGCUUGGAUCCUUUCUCCGAAGGCAUCAUGUUCAGUGUUCGUCCACCCAAAAAAAGCUGGAAGAAGAUCUUUAAUCUUUCAGGAGGAGAAAAGACGCUCAGUUCGUUGGCUCUGGUUUUCGCCCUCCACCAUUAUAAGCCCACACCCCUCUACUUCAUGGACGAAAUCGAUGCAGCCCUGGAUUUCAAAAAUGUGUCCAUCGUGGCCUUCUACAUCUACGAACAAACAAAAAAUGCCCAGUUUAUAAUCAUUUCACUUCGAAAUAACAUGUUUGAGAUCGCAGAUAGGCUCAUUGGAAUUUACAAGACCCACAACAUAACCAAAAGUGUUGCAAUAAAUCCAAAAGUCAUUGCAUCGAAAGGACUUUGCUGAACUAGAUCCUGUUACAAGUUGGUGAAACGGGAACCAACACAUGUGUAUUAUUAAGCUAUACUUUUUGUACUCCUACUUUUGUAAAUAUAUCUUCAUCGACUGUUGUAGA